AUGACAGCGACGCCGUUCGCUCCGCUGAGGCGGAUGAUAGCGCUUCCUGCAAGCUGUGCAGGAAGAAGCAUCCCGAACGCGCUGUUCUCCUCGGCAGCUUGUCGUAUACUUCUUCGACGAUACCACCCUGGUGUUGGCGCACGUGAGUGUUUGCGCGAGGUCUUAAUGCCUGAAUUUUCCAAGCUUACCCCGUUUCUCGCAGCUCCCCUCGCGCCACCGGCAUCACCUCCCUCCCGCCUUCGCAGGGCAAUCGCAUUCGGCGCAUAUGGACUGUUGUUUGCAAGUCUCGGCUUUAUAGCCGCAGCUAGCCCACUUGUGCCCAGUCUGGUGGAUGCGACAAAACACCGGUCCGACGAAGACAGCUUGCGUCUUUAUGUUCCAGAAGACGCAGAGGCCAAGGCAGUGGAUGAUUAUAUCAAUAACCACCCUCUUGCGGCAACGAUGCGCAGGGAGGCGGACAUGGUUGAAUCUCGGCCACAUAUGAGGCUGCCCGAUGGGUUAAGACGUCAUAAUCUUACUGGCGGUACACUCCUUGGCCCCGGGCGCAUCACGGUGCCUCCGAUAUGCUGGACCAGGAACGGUGGAAAAGCACUCGUCUCCAUAUCUCAUCUUGGAACAGAUAUGUGCGGCCACCCUGGUAUUGUGCACGGAGGUCUUCUGGCGACCAUGCUUGACGAAGGUCUAGCACGCUGCUGUUUUGGAGCACUUCCACAUAACGUGGGCGUCACCGCAAAGCUCGAAAUCAACUACAGAAAGCCGGUUCACGCCGGGACAUACGUGGUGCUAAGGGCGCAGACGGUGAGAGUUGAAGGGCGCAAGGCUUGGGUCGAGGGCCAACUGGAAACGUUGGUUGAUGAAGGACAGGAGCCUGUUGUCUUGGCACAAGCAACAGCACUCUUUGUCUCACCUAGAUUUGCAUCGGUCAUGGCCAAGCUCAACGCAACAUCCAACAUUACAUGGCACCCGUCGCUUUCCCGCCACGAGCGUAAUCAGCUGCGUCGCCAGCGUGGCUUCACCAUUUGGCUGACUGGCCUCUCUGCCUCGGGCAAGUCGACCGUGGCGACCGCUUUGGAGCAACAUCUCCUACACCUGGGUCUUGCGGCCUACCGUCUGGACGGCGACAACGUCCGUUUUGGCCUUAACAAAGAUCUGGGAUUUUCUGAGAAGGACCGGAACGAGAAUAUUCGUCGUAUCGCUGAGGUUGCUAAGCUUUUCGCUGACUCCUCGACAAUCGCCAUCACUUCCUUCAUCUCCCCGUACCGAGCAGACCGUCAGGUUGCCCGCGAGUUGCACACCCAGGCGAGCCAAAGCGACGACGACGCUAUCCCUUUCAUCGAAAUCUUUGUUGACGUCCCAAUCGAGGUGGCAGAGCAACGUGAUCCUAAGGGGCUUUACAAGAAGGCCAGAGCAGGCGAGAUCAAGGACUUCACUGGCAUCUCUGCGCCGUACGAAGAGCCUGAAAACCCCGAAAUCCGCAUCAGGACCGAUAAGUCGAGCGUGGAGGAGUGCGUCGCGCAAAUUGCCGAGUGGUUGAUCAAGGAGGGUCUCAUUUCAUCCACCAAAGCAGCUUAA